GAAAGAAGUAAAGUCAAAAGUGGCAUCAAUUUUAAAAAAAUUAGAGAAAUGAAAUUGUGAUAGGUAGAUAGACAAUAGAGGGCCAUAAAUUAAGCUAAGUUGCAAUUAUUGACGAGUCCACCAAACCCUAACAAACAAAAAACACCCACAAUUUUCCAUCUCAUAAUAUCACAAGGAAACCAUCAAGGAAAUUCAUUACCAAAAAUCUCAUCUUUCUCCCCUUUUUUUUUACCUUAUUUGUUUAUCACUCUAUUUUUUUUUUCCACCUUCACAAUACUCUUUUUGCUAUCUAAGAACAUAGAAAGGGUUAUAUUAGAGGACUGUGAUCUAGUGUUUCAGAUGUGUUCUACCACUUGAUUGUACUAGAGUGAUAAUUUUCUGGAGAUUAAUAGGCCUUAUCUCUAGCUGAUUUGGGAACCAUGCCGGUUUCGGGGAACGAAGAGGCUGGGAUUCUUGCUCGGCAGUCUAGUAGCUCUUCGUCAGGUAUUCCUCUUAAGAAGAGGUGGUACUCUAUGUUCCAGCCUCCUUCACCUGUCCGUGCUGAGCCAUCUUCUUUUGAAAAUGAAAAUGAAUCCAAGACCAAACAUGCUGGCUUAGGUCAGGGAUCAACGUCGAAUGCUUGUGAUAGUACAGGUAAAUCUGAUACUUCCAAGAACUCUCUUCUAGAGGUAAAAGAAGAAAGACCUUCAGGUGAAAAAGUUGACGCUCAGCCUACUAUGCUACUACCAUUUUUAUCCAUAUCUCCGAAAACAAAUCCUAAUGCUAGCUCUGGGCCUUCAAGAAACGUUGACAAUAUUGUGAAAUCAGCUAGCUUUGGGCCUUCAAGAAACGUUGACAAUAUUGUGAAACCAGCAUUGGCCGAAAAAUUAGCUAGCCAGGAAGCUAUAGGUUCGACAAUGGUGACUUAUGUCAAGAAGGAAGUUAUUACCAAACCAGGGGAAAGCCACAGUAAACUUGAACCUCCUACCGAUUCAGGCCACUUUGAACUGUCAUUAGGCCCAAAGAAACCUCAUGAUACUUCUUUGGUUGAUCCAAAUGCUGAGGGGAGUUGCCAGAUGCGUGGAACUGUAAAUCCUUCAUUACUUUCUCUAUCUUUGAACAAGGGGAAGGACUUUUCUCAGGAUGGAAGUUGCAAGAAUGGAUUGAAUAACAGUGAUGCUGAUGAUACUGCACGGACUAAUAGAUCUAACUGGGAUCUGAAUACUCCCAUGGAUUCAUGGGAGGGUUCUGGUGAUGAUAUUCCUGUUCAAGAGGCAAGUCAAAUUGAUCUGUUACGUAAACCAUCUAGUUCACUAGACAUAAAGCCGCCUGUUAGUUCUGCUUCUGUUGUUGGUUCUAAUGUUGAUAAAGGGAAGCAAGUUGUUGGAGCCAGUGAGCAGGAAUUCAAUUUUCCUAUCUCAGUACUUCAUAGCCUACCAUCCGCGGAUGAGCUUCGUCUUAGUCUUGGUAGUACUUUACGAGGGUUUGACUCCUCUGUACUGCAGUCAUUUGCUAAAGUAGACUCUAGCAGGGUUAGUCCAAACUCGAGUUUACUGAAAAGCCCGGCUUUGAGUAGAAACAUUAGUUCUCCCACUCGUAGAACUGUUAAGUCAGAACCCGUUGAAGAAACCUUGAUACAAGCUAAUGCUAGAACUGCAUUUCGUCCAGCUAGAACAUUGGAGGCAAAUGUAGGAAAACCGGAAGUUGUGAGGCAGAAUUUGCAGUCUAUUGAGUUGUCAACUAAGGCCCCUCAGGAAUUACUUGAACCAAAACCAAUGAAAUGCGAACCACUGCAGGAAGAAAGCCCGGAAAUAUCCACGACAUCAGAUGUGAUUGUGCACCAAUCAGUUGGAAGGGUUUUGCUGCCUCAGGAGAGUUCUUGUUCUUCUUCUUCAUCUGUACUGCCAAUGCCUUUGACUCCUCAACAGGGAUGCCCUUCUAGAUUGUCUACCUGUUCAGAUUUGUCUGUGAGUGGCGGGGACUUGUCUACUCCGCCUGAGUACUCUGGUCAUACUAAUGAAGCUAAUAGGAGUAAAAAUGCUCUAGAUCAGGCAAAUGCUGAUAUUGUUGCUAAAAAUGCAAACCUUGACCUCAAAGAGUCUAAUGUAUCCAGUGAUAAAGCGGAAGCAUCUAUUUCAGGGGGCAUGAAUAUCGAAGAUCACAUGGUAUACAAAAAGACACAAGACCCACAGAAUUUGGUUGCAAGUGGUGAAGGAUUAGCAAAUGAUGAGGAAAAAAUAAGUAUAUCAGCUGGUUCAGAAGAAGAAUGUUAUGGUUCUGAUUAUGAAUCUGAUGGUCAUCAUGCUUUUGCGGGACAUGUUGAUACUGAAGGUGUGGAGUGUGCCAGAGAGGAUGAGGAAUAUGAAGACGGUGAGGUCCGAGAACCAAUGUUGCCGUCAAUUGCUGAAGAUCCAAUUGCUGAGGGGAUGGAAUUAGAGAAUAAUAAUGAAUCUUCUUGCAAAAAUGCUCAUUCUUCUGGCUUCUCUGGGCUUGAGGAAUCUCACUGCUUCAAUAAUGAUGAAAAAGAUUACAGUAUGCCAGGUCAUACUGAGUCUAACGAUGACUUAUUAAAAGGCUGUGAUGAGAAAGCUGUCAAAAUUGAUCAUAAAGAUGGUAAGUUGCAGAGUCCGUUAUUUGAUAAAGAGGAAACAACUGGUGAUGAUGAGCAGGCACCUGUAGGCGCUAUUCAACAAGGACCAGUUGAUCAAUCAAGAAUAGCAGAUGUGCAGGAGGGAUGUGAAACGGAUGUCAUAUGUGACGGAGCACCUGCUGGAAGCAAUGGGGCUGGCAGAAAUGCUGAUGAGGCUAGUAGCGAAUAUAUUGGAAGAUCUGAUAUGCCACCAGCAACUAUUUCAUCUUUGCAAAAUGCUGAAACAUCUGUUAAUGCUACCUCUAGUAAAGAUUUGCCAAAUUUUGGAAGCAAGAGCCGGAUCAUCAGUUUACCUCGUGCAUCCAAUGUGACAUCGCCUAGUAAUUUCAGACCUAUCACAGGUAGAUCAUUGUCUUCGAGAAGUGGAAGAGAAAGGUAUUCAGAUAUGGAGGAAGAGAAAUUCCAUCUACGAAGGAAUAGAGAUGAAACUUAUGCUGAUGGUCCUAGAUUUGUGCGAGAUAGGAUUCAGGACAGGUCAUUUGGCAGCUCAAGAGGGACCUUCAUACGGGGAAGAGGGAGGGGCUCAGGCCGGUUUAACAGUUCACGCAGAGAUUGGGAUUCUGGGCGUGAUUUUGAAAGCUAUGGCGAUGUAGCUGAUUAUCGCUUUAGACCUAAACGUAGAGCUGCUGUUGGGGAAUCUGAGAUUGAACGUAAUGAUGGACCAGAUGGUCAUUUUGUUCGGGGUAAUACAAAAUUUACCACAAUGCAGAGAAGAGGUUUCCCGCGAAUGCGGUCUAAAUCUCCUGUUAGAUCCCGUACGCGUUCCCCUGGCCCUUGGUCAUCUCCUCGGAGAAGAUUGAAUGAAGGAUACAAUGGUCUUCCAGAUUCAUCUCAUCAUAGGUCACCAGCUAUGUACAGGGAAGAUAGGAUGAGGUCUUCUCCGCGAACUUCGUUUACUGAAGAGAUAGUUCCUCGAAGACGUGAUUCCCCCUCGUAUACUGCUCGGCGUCUGAAUGAUAUGAGGGAUGUGGAUGCUGUACAGGAGCAUGGGCAUCUGAGGUCUAUUUCUAGCAGAAGAAGUCCACCUGAACGGGUGUUUACUAGAAGCAAUAGGAGAGUUGAAGUUUUAGAUCGUCGGGAGAGGGCUGAUGGUGAUGAGUACUUUGAUGGGCCGAUACACACUGCUAGAUUUCCUGAGCUUCGGGGUGGUGGAAGUACGGAUGAGAGAAGGAAGUAUGGUGAGAGGCGAGGAGGACCUGUUCGUUCUUAUCGUCCUUAUAACAGUGAAAAUGACAAUUUCCGUUUCCAUCCAAAUGGUGGCCCUAGGCCUUUUAGGUUCUAUCAAGAAGCUGAUGCAGAAUUUGUUGCAAGAAGUAAUACUAGAGAAAGAGAAUUUGAUGAUAAUAUCAAGGAUCGACCUUUACCUAGACGAAUGAGAAAUGUUGAAGAGCAAGAAGGUGGUAGUUUUAGGCAGAGUGGACAGCUUUGGCAUGAAGAGGAAUUUGAUGUCUCCAGAUUGAAGAGAAGAAGAUUUUAACAUAAUAAACCUGUAAUAUCGGCAGCUGUGCCAUGGGAAACACUGUUUCCAUUUCUUUUUUCUACCUGAAAGCGAAUUCUUGUUCCUUGCUGACAGGUCCAGGUUUAACUGAGGAAUGGAUAUCGACUUCUGAAUGCGUUUAGACGAUUGAGAAAUGUUGAAGAGAAAGUAGGCGACUCUAGACACAAUAAGGUUCUGGUCUGAGAGUGUUGAUGUCCUUGUUGAAAAGAAGCAGAUACAUGAUAUCCCAUUGAACGCGAUCUUCAGGGAAAAAUUAUUCUCUAAUGCAUGUCUUUGCAUCAGAGAAAAAAGAAGUCCUGCUGCUAGUAGGCUGUCCGAGGAACGUGCUUUUACCAUUGCUGCUUGCUAUUUGUUCUUUUGGAGGAGAAAACUACUAAUUUAAGAUGCUCUACUAUGCUGGCUUGAAUGCUAUUUUUACUAGUUUAAGUUGCUAAUAUGCAUGCUGCCUUUGUGCUUCUGGAUGAUGUGACUGAGUUCAUUGGUUUGAACCAGCUGGUGUUGGCCAGUUACACAAACAGGUUGGUGAUGAGAAAUUGUCCAAGGCGAAUUAUGCUGGUUAACAAUAACACCAUCUGUGACACUCAUAUCAUUGAGAUGGAUGUAUGUACAUGCUGCCUGAUUUGCAUCUUUGAGACGUUGUCCCCGUCCUCUUUAGUGUUUUUUUGGUUUUAACUAUUCGGUAUUUGAAUCCAGCAAGUGGUCGUCACGUAGGCUCAUUAAAGGGGAAAACUGCUCUUCACCAGUAAGUUAUCCACUGUGAUAAUGGAUGUAUAUUGCCUCAUUUGCAUCUCUCUUGAGACGCUGUCCUCGUCCUCUCGUGUUUUUUUGGUUUUAUUUGAAGCCGCAGGUUGAACUAAACCAGCUUUGCACUGCAUAAGCUCACUAAUGGGGGCAACAUGUUCUGCACCAAAAGGCUAUCCAUUGUGAUAUGGUUGUACAUAUUACUCCUUUAAUCUGUUCUUUUCGGUUUUUA